AUGGAGCAUCUCGACGCUUCCACAGCCGCCGGCGUGGCCCUUGCGGCGGUCAUCGCCAUUACGACUAGUUCUGUCCUCUACUACUACUCGAAGAAACCUGACGCAACCACGCCGCUGGCCACUCACGACAUUGUCGAUCUGCGGAUAUACCCUAUCAAGUCAUGCCGUGGCAUCCAGGUCCAGUCGGCCGUGCUGCUCAAAACAGGGCUCGACCUCGACCGCAACUGGAUGUUCGUCUCUGCCGCGAAACCGGACUGGCUCGAGACCAACACUACGCUGCGCAGCGGGAUCAUCUGGGGCCAGGAGACAGACGGCUGGGAGUACCCUGCGACCAUGACUCGAGCCAUCUCGGACUUUAUCGGCGUCGAGGCGCGGUUGCUGUACAAAGGCCCCACGCCAAGGGUCCUUCGCGGUUGUGGUGCCCCUGAUCGGCUCGGCCGCGCGGAGGCGACAAAUUUCGCCGAUAUGAUGCCGGUCCUGGUCGCGUCGCUGGCCAGUCUCGCCGAGCUCAACGGGCAGCUGCGAGAUGGAGGCGACCCGGCCAUUGACAUUGAGAGGUUCCCGCCAAACAUCAUCAUCCGCGGUCACGAUGCCUGGGCCGAGUACCUUCUCGUGUCCUGA